AUGGGACAGGAGGUUCAGGUUGUCUUCGACCAAGACGCUGGACAUGUUCGCAAAUCCUCACUUAUCUCUGCUGAUGCUGAUGCUCCCAGACUUUCCCGUCGCCAUGCAGACCAGCGGAUUGAUUCUGCAUGCUUUGUCCAUGCCCUUCUCGAACAACCUGAAGCACUCCAGCUCGGACGAGUUAGCGGAGAUAACGGAACAAAAUGCACGACAAAAUCACCUUUUUCUCAAUUAGGUGAUGAUUACGUGCCUCAUGUAAUACAGUCCCGCUUGUUGACCAAAAGACAACUUUCAGACAUGGCGUGGAACGUCCGGGCACUAUCCAAAAAGCUAGGGAGCGUUAAAAUGAAACUAAAUGUCAGGAGUGUUUUCAUACUUACGAAGCCUCAGGAGCAAUGCCUUGUGCUUCUGACAAGACAGGUUACACGGUGGCUUUUAUCAAAAGAUCGGGACCAGCCAUACACGAUAUAUGUUGAGAAGAGACUGGAAGAUGAUGAACAAUUUGACGCUGCGGGACUGCAUGAGGAGGAGGCAUCUGCAAAGGGAAGGCUGAAAUAUUGGGAUUGGGAUCUUGUGAAGAAGAAACCACAAACAUUUGAUUUUAUAGUUACACUAGGAGGUGACGGCACGGUUUUAUAUGCGAGCUGGCUGUUCCAGCAGGUCGUUCCUCCGGUUCUCUCCUUUGCUCUGGGCUCGCUGGGUUUUCUGACCAACUUCGACUUUGAGUGCUAUCAAUCGACACUUGAGACGGCCUUUCGCGACGGUGUCACUGUAAGCCUCAGGUUGAGAUUCGAAUGCACUAUCAUGAGGAGCAGGCCGCGCCCUAAUCAGGUAGGACAAAGGGAUUUAGUGGAAGAGUUGAUCGGAGAGGAAUCUGAUGAUGAUACCACACAUCACCCUGACAAAAUGUUCCAAAUUCUGAAUGAUGUUGUCGUGGAUCGAGGACCGAACCCAACAAUGUCAUCAAUCGAAAUAUUCGGUGACGAUGAGCAUUUCACCUCCGUACAGGCAGACGGUGUAUGCGUUGCUACCCCAACCGGUUCAACAGCAUACAACCUCGCAGCUGGUGGCUCACUGUCACAUCCUGAAAACCCCGUUAUUCUUCUUACUGCUAUAUGUGCGCAUACUCUUAAUUUCCGGCCCAUUAUAUUACCUGAUACUAUCGUCCUCAGAGUGGGAGUGCCCUACAACGCCAGAACUAGCUCAUGGGCUGGAUUUGAUGGGCGCGAACGGGGACUACGUCACAAUCUCGGCUUCAAGAUAUCCUUUUGCCUGUGUGAGCCCUUCCGCGUCUCGAAGUCACGACUGGAUACAGAGUAUCUCGAGGACGCUAAAUUGGAAUUCAAGGCAUAG